AUGAGUGGUUCAGUUCUCGACACCUCAGUUCCAUCCGAAACAGUUCACGAUGGCCUUAUUCCGAGUUCUGCAGCAGCCGAUUUUCGCCUUUUAAUGGCAAAGCUCCCCUUGGAAGGCAAUGUGCUUGGCUUUCGUGACACAGCUCCUGUUUCCAAGCUGUUGCAGCUUGCCUCACAUGUCUGGCUUAGCGAUACCACAGUCAACAUGAUGCUCGACAUCAUCCGGCAACCUAUCUCUACCAACUCGUACCUCUCCUCCCGUCACGACAUUGUUCUGUGCUACACGGCUACCAAAAUUCAGUCUGUUUACGGCUUGCGUGACAACAUUGAUUAUCCCAACUCAAAGGACUGUGGAGAACUGCCACGUUUGGGAUCCGAUCUCGCAGGCGGGUUAAAGGAUAGCAUCAGUACACUUUGUCUUAUCAAUGGCAACCACUGGGUGGCUAUCGUAGUCAACCAGACAGAGAGAAAGGUAUUUUAUGGUGAUCCAGGAGGUUCGGGAGCACCUGCGGCACUUCGUCAAGCCGUAGAUUGGUGGUUGAAAAAUCACUUUACUGAAAGCUUUGCCUGGGUUCGCCUCCCUUGCACGCAUCAGCACGAUUCCCAUUCCUGUGGUGUUCUUGCUGUCAAUGCGAUUGCGCAUCACCUCCUUCCUGCGACGUUCCCACUCGUAUCACCAACAUUGCGAGAUGUCGACAUCGCUCGCAUCACCUUUGGCCAUCAAAUUGUAAACAAGCACCUUUCUGCGCUUGCCUCGAUAACUCAAAGCAGCAUGGACAGCAAUACCACACAGUCGUCAGUGACAAUCCAACCCAUGAGCGAGACCACUUGCAACCUCAAGGGACCUCCAAACCAGGCUCCAAAGUCCGUCGCACCAAAAAGACAUGUCAACAAUGACUCAGAUGCAGACAACAAUUCGGAGGCAAGUGAUGGGUUCGAAGGGGAAUUAUCUGACGAUGACGAGACUCAACGCCCUGUUGGUGGUCGCUCUGUUGGUCGUCCACCAACUGCUUUGUUAACGAAGAUCACGCAACUCUGCCAUGAAAGUGGUGACCAGGAGAAGAAGCGAGUCAGAUGUAGAGGUUCUGGCUGCCGAAAGAGUUGGGUCGCACCACGUAAUCGUGCACGCAUCCUCAAGCAUGGUGCUCACUGUACCAAGUUGACAGCUGACAACAGAGCCGAGGCAAACAAGCUCUUGAAUAAGGGCAGUCUUGCUGAAAAAGUCAACCAGCUCAUGCGACAAGAGGCGGAACUACAGGAACCGCCACCCAAGCACUUGAAGUCAAGCAAUUCUGUUGGAAGAGAGGUCGUGAAGAAGACAGCACUAGAUGUUCGAUUUGGGGAUCAUGGCCGCAAGCUUUUGCAAGCUCGUCUCGAUGAUUCAAUUGUUCGUCUUAUCUGCAUCACAGGUGUUCCUCCUUCGAUUGUCGAUUACAAGCAGUGGAAAGACAUGUUCGCGAUCGCAAAUUCAGCCUAUUGCCCAACAAGCAGCUCAACAUUUAUCGACAGCUAUAUUCCUGCAGAAGCUGGCCGUGUACCACAAAAUUUCCUCAGUCAGUCUAUACCAUUCACUUCACGACACCGGAAGGUCAAAGCUUUCUCAUCGAAGGCAACAAUGCCACAGCCGAGUCAGCAACAGCAGCUCCGCUUCUCCGGAAUUGCAUCUGACAGUGCUGGGAACACGAAAUUGGCACAACAAUUGGUCUGCGCUGCGGUGCCCACCAUCAUACCCAUGGCAGAUGUAUGUCACCAUCUCAACCUCUUGUGCAAAGAUCUCUCGCAACUUUCAAUGUUUACGACGGUCAUCAAACAUAUUCGAGCUAUCGUGUCGUUUUUCCGCAAGUCAACUCACGGAACUUACCAAUUAAGUAAGAUUCGUGAACGCCUGAAGAUAUCACGAGGGCUCGAGGGCAUUGGAAAAACUCGGUUUGCCACCAUCUGUGCAUCAGCUAUCUCUGUACAACGGUGCCUUCCAGCAUUAAGGGAGCUCGUCGACAACCCACAAAAAUUCAAGUUUCCACCAAAGAAGGCUAGCAUGGUUGACCUCCUGAAGAAGCAUAGUCAUGCAGGUACUCUGUUUGAACUUGAUCUCAAUCGUUUAGUCAAGGUCCAGAGCCCAAUUGCGAAGUCCAUCGUAUGCCUUGAAUCUUCUCAAUCGGACCCGUCUGAUGUCUAUAAAUUUCUUCUCGCCAUCACGAGCAUGCUCAAGCAGCUGUUUGAUGACUCUUCACAUGGCUUUACCAAUGAGGAAAAAGAGCAGAUACGUGCGGUCGUGAAUAAACGCUUCCGUGAGAUUAUCCAGGAGGGUCCUGCAGAUUGUUAUAUUGCUGCAUUCUUUUUGGAUCCUCGCUAUGUCGGCUGUGACAUGCUUCGAAGGUCUCUCAAUCCCCUCGCACCCACUAUCACAAUUCCUCCACCCAUACCACACACACCAGAGGAGACAGUUCCAAAUCAAAGGGUCUUUGGUCGUGUUAUGGAGUAUUUGAAGACAGUCGUCAAGCCAGAAUGGAAAUCGAAAGACAAUCCAACGCUGAAGGGUCUUACUCGUUUGCAGGUACAGGAGUCUUUUGUCCGUCAGUUGCACCGUUACGCCCGCCUUCAGUAUCCCUUUGAUGCCCCAGUCGAAGCUGGCCAAUCUAUCUUGUCAUGGUGGACACAUCUCACUCGGAUUCCUGAAGGUGCUGUCCUUGCGUGCAUCGCACAGAAGAUAUUUUCUGUGAAGCCAAAUGACAUGCCUGAGGAACGUACCAUGUCCGUUUUCACCCGAAUGAACUCGGCCCUUAGAAAUCGCCAGCAAGUCCAAACACUCGUAGAUAUGACGCAGAUCAGACAAUGGCAUAUGUAUGAUCCCGAGAAAUUCCGCUUGCGCGAGCAACCCACAUUGGACUUCUUUGAUGUUGAGCAGGUCAUUUUCGGCAAAGGAAAGAGCACUGCUUCGCGGACGCACAGUAUCACAGGAAGUUCGUUGAUUAUUGAAAACGGUGAUGAACACGAGGAGAUACUUGAUGAAGAUACUCAUACCUGGCUCGAUGACAAAAUUGAAAACAUGCCUGGUGAUUCCACUUUCGAUGCCGAGGAAGACAUUGACUUGGACGUGCCAGAACUCACAAAAAUUCUCGCUGAUGAUCCACCCCAAGGGAGUGUGUCGAAAGGUAAGAAGAGAGAGCAAAUGGUGGCUUGCAUUGAUGAUGCCGACGAUGCUGAUGGCGAAUGGGUCUGGAAGUGA